AUGGUAAUACAUGAAACAGGAACUCCUUCUGCAGAGGGAAAAUCAGGGUCAGUGAGACUCCAGGGUGGCAAGAAUGAGUUUGAAGGUACAGUGGAAGUUUAUUUGAAUGGAAUCUGGGGAACAAUCUGUGGGAGCCAUUGGGACAAUAAUGAUGCAACAGUUGUAUGUCGACAGCUUGCACUUGGUGAAAAAGGUACAGCAAAACACAUACCAUUUUCUGGACUGGGCCUUGUUCCUGUUUACUGGAGUGAAGUGCGUUGUCGUGGUGAUGAAGAAAAUAUACUGUUAUGUGAAAAAGACAUCUGGCAGGAUGGAACAUGUCCUCAAAAAAUGGCAGCUGCUGUCACAUGUAGCUCUUCCCUGGCCCCCGUUUUUACUCCGAUCCGUCUGGCUGGUGGCAACAAUGCUCACGAAGGAAGAGUAGAAGUCUACCAUGCUGGCCAGUGGGGAACUGUCUGUGAUGAUCAGUGGGAUGAUGCAGAUGCUGAAGUUGUCUGUCGGCAGCUUGGCCUUGGGGGUGUUGCCAAGGCGUGGAGCCAGGCUUACUUUGGAGAAGGCUCAGGCCCUGUGCUGCUGGAUGAAGUGCAGUGCACAGGAAAUGAACUAUCAAUAGAACAGUGUCCAAAGAGCUCCUGGCGAGAACACAACUGUGGCCACAAAGAAGAUGCUGGUGUUUCCUGCACACCUCUCACAGAUGGUGCAUUAAGACUAACAAAUGGGAAAGGCAGUCAUGAGGGACGCCUGGAGGUCUAUUACACUGGGCAGUGGGGCACAGUCUGCGAUGAUGGGUGGACAGAGCUGAAUACAAAGGUGGUUUGCCGGCAGCUGGGAUUUAAGUAUGGGAAAAGCCUACCUGAGAGCUUCUCAGAAGGAAGCUCUGGGCCCAUCUGGUUGGAUGAUGUCAGCUGCUCAGGGAAGGAGACAAACCUUCUGCAGUGCUCAAGGGGAGAGUGGGGAAAGCAUGACUGCAACCACCAGGAGGAUGUCAGCCUUGUUUGCCAUCCAGAUAACGACAGCCAUAAACACUCACUUGGUCCUCCCAUCAGGCUGAUGGAUGGUGAGAAUAAGAAGGAAGGACGUGUAGAGAUUUUUAUCAAUGGCCAGUGGGGCACAAUUUGUGAUGAUGGAUGGUCUGAUAAGGAUGCAGCUGUAGUGUGUCGACAGCUUGGCUACAAGUAA